UGGGCGGCCGUCCGCGGAAAUUUGAAAUGGCUGAAGGGUCGCUGACGGGCGGCGGUCUGGAGGCAGCUGCUAUGGCGCCGGAGCGCACGGGCUGGGCGGUAGAGCAGGAGCCAGCGUCUCUGGAGAAAGGUUUGUUCCAAGAUGAAGAUUCAUGCAGUGAUUGUAGCUACCGUGAUAAACCAGGCUCUAGUUUACAAAGUUUUAUGCCAGAAGGAAAAACCUUUUUCCCAGAAAUUUUCCAAACAAAUCAACUUUUGUUCUAUGAGCGAUUCAGAGCCUAUCAAGAUUACAUUUUAGCUGACUGCAAGGCCUCUGAGGUACAGGAAUUCACAGCUGAGUUCUUGGAGAAGGUCCUUGAGCCAUCUGGAUGGCGGGCAGUCUGGCAUACUAAUGUGUUCAAGGUGCUGGUUGAGGUCACAGAUGUGGACUUUGCAGCCUUGAAGGCAGUGGUGAGGCUUGCUGAACCAUACCUCUGUGACUCUCAAGUGAGCACUUUUACCAUGGAGUGCAUGAAGGAGCUCCUCGAUCUGAAGGAGCAUCGGUUGCCCCUGCAGGAGCUGUGGGUGGUGUUUGAUGAUUCAGGAGUGUUUGACCAGACAGCUCUUGCAAUUGAGCAUGUCAGAUUUUUCUACCAAAAUAUUUGGAGGAGUUGGGAUGAAGAAGAGGAGGAUGAAUACGAUUAUUUUGUCAGAUGUGUUGAGCCUCGAUUAAGAUUGCAUUAUGACAUUCUUGAAGACCGAGUUCCAUCAGGACUUAUUGUUGACUACCGCAAUCUGUUGUCUCAAUGUGAGGAGAGUUACAGGAAAUUUUUAAAUCUGAGAAGCAGUUUGUCAAAUUGUAACUCUGAUUCCGAGCAGGAAAAUAUCUCCAUGGUGGAAGGGUUAAAAUUGUAUUCGGAGAUGGAACAACUGAAACAAAAGCUGAAACUCAUUGAGAAUCCUUUGUUGAGGUAUGUGUUUGGUUAUCAGAAGAAUUCUAAUAUCCAAGCAAAGGGUGUCCGUCCCAGUGGUCAGAAGAUCACUCAUGUGGUCUCUUCCACCAUGAUGGCUGGUCUCCUGCGGUCCCUGCUCACGGACAGGCUUUGCCAGGAGCCUGGUGAGGAAGAAAGAGAAAUUCAGUUCCAUAGUGAUCCAUUGUCUGCUAUAAAUGCCUGCUUUGAAGGUGACACUGUUAUUGUUUGUCCUGGCCAUUAUGUGGUACAUGGCACUUUCUCCAUUGCUGACUCCAUUGAGUUGGAAGGAUAUGGCCUACCAGAUGACAUUGUGAUAGAAAAGAGAGGCAAAGGCGACACUUUUGUGGACUGCACCGGUGCUGAUAUUAAAAUCUCAGGCAUAAAAUUUGUUCAGCACGAUGCUGUAGAGGGAAUCUUAAUUGUUCACCGUGGUAAGACUACGCUGGAAAACUGUGUGCUGCAGUGUGAGACGACCGGAGUCACAGUGCGGACAUCGGCAGAGUUUCUAAUGAAGAACUCGGAUUUAUAUGGCGCCAAGGGUGCCGGUAUAGAAAUCUACCCUGGGAGUCAGUGCACCCUGAGUGACAAUGGGAUCCAUCACUGCAAGGAAGGGAUCCUCAUUAAGGACUUCUUAGAUGAACAUUAUGACAUUCCCAAGAUAUCCAUGGUGAAUAAUAUAAUACAUAAUAAUGAAGGUUAUGGUGUUGUCUUGGUGAAACCUACAAUCUUCUCUGACCUGCAAGAAAAUGCUGAAGAUGGAACUGAAGAAAAUAAAGCGCUUAAAAUUCAGACAAGUGGAGAGCCAGACGUAGCUGAAAGAGUGGAUCUAGAAGAGCUGAUUCAGUGUGCAACUGGUAAAAUGGAGCUUUAUGCAAGAACUGACCCUUCUGAGCAAGUCGAGGGAAAUUGUGAAAUUGUAAAUGAACUAAUUGCUGCCUCCACACAGAAAGGCCAGAUAAAGAAGAAAAGGUUGAGUGAACUGGGGAUCACGCAAGCUGAUGACAACUUAAUGUCACAGGAGAUGUUUGUUGGGAUUGUGGGGAACCAGUUCAAGUGGAAUGGGAAAGGUAGUUUUGGCACAUUUCUUUUCUGACCACAGUGAUGUAAGUAGAUAGCAAAAUACUGGAUUUUGCACAUGCUGCCCUAAGAAUCACUGCUGCCAUUGUAGUUUGCUGUAUUGUCUGUAUUUUGUAUUUGAUUAUUUGGGCUUGAGUGAAAGGUAGAUUUAUUUCCAUUUGCAGGUGUUGCACAUAAAACACUCCCUCUUUAUAAGAAAAAUCAUAAAUGCAUAUAAAAUAGAAAAUAUUUGGAGAUUGCUUAUCUGAAAGUCUUGCUUUCUUAUACACAUGGUUCUCUCAUAUUAAGCCUGGUAGUAACUUUUUAGUGUAAUUACCUUUAGCACUUCAAAGAUGACGAAGAAAGGAAGGGAAUGCAAGACUAGUGCAUAAAAAUGCAAUAGGUGUCAUAUGUACAGCAUUCUUCUUAGAGUUGCCUUUUCAUCCCAAUUACAGUGAGUCUGAUUUCCAUCCUGUAUUUGCAUAAUACUUGUCUUAAAAUAAAAGCUUUUAUGAUUGGGAAUUUAUCUGCCUAAUCAGACUUAUUAUUGAGACAUCAAUGGGACACAUUUUUCUGUUGAGCUAUGCAGUCAUCAAAACAGCGAUAGACAGCACAGGAGGUUUGAAGCAGAAAUGAAAUGUGUUAUUCAGAGCCAAUGUUGUACAUAGAGCAUUUUCACUAUUGCUGAAUGGGAGUGAUUAAAAACAAGGUAUUUUUCAGGCCAGGCGGUGGCUCACACUUGUAAUCGCAGCACUUUGGGAGGCUGAGGUAGGAGGAUCACUUGAGCCCAGGAGUUCAAGACUAGCCUGGGCAACAUAGUGAGACCCUGUCUCUACUACAAAUAAAUUUAAAAAAAUUAGCUGAGUGUGGUGGUGCAUGCCUGUAGUUCCAGCUACUCAGGAGGCUGAGGCUGGAGGAUCCUUGAGCCCAGGAGGUUGAGGCUGCAGUGAGGUGUGAUUGCACCCCACUGCAUUCCAGCUUGGGUGACAGAGCGAGACCCUGUCUCAAAAAAAAAAAAAAAAGUAUUUUUCUCUUACCAUUACAGUAUUCUGAUUAUAUUACUGACACAGUCAAAAUGAUUAACUGUACAACCUGUAUCUGCUGGGUGUUCUUGGUAUCAUAUUGUAAAACAGCUUUAAAAAAUAUUUAUAUUUUAAAAACUGUAUGUGACAUUAAUAUGCUUAAUGAUUAAAAUAGUGAUGAAAUAACAAAAUUGAAUCCUGUUAUAUCUUUUCAAACCCACUAUGGGCCAUAGUGUCAGUGUAGCAUAUGUGGUCCAUUGAAGAACACAUGGUAUUUUGGUAUCUGUUUUCAUGCUUUAGAAAGAGUAUUACAUUUUUUCCCAUUAAGUGUGGUUAUGUUUGUUUCUUAAAUUUGAGUAAAAAAUAAUUUUUAUUUUUUGGAUGCUACUAAAUGUAGGAUUUAUGUUAGAUUUAUUAUUUGAUCAUUGAAAGGUAUUUUUACUUUUAAAAAAUCUUGUUGCAAAGAGGUUUAAAAAGUAAUGUUCAUUUCUCCAUCAGUUUCAGCCAAAUGUUGAUAUUAAAACCUUUUAUUAUUUUAAAAAAUUUUUGCCUCUAGAUGUGAUGCCUUAAGAUAAAAAACAUUUAUUCAACUUAAAAAAAAAAUCACUUUUUUUUUUGAGAUGGAGUCUUGCUCUGUCACCCAGGCUGGAGUACAGUGGCACUAUCUCGGCUUACUGCAACUUCCACCUCCUGAAUUCAAGCAAUUCUUCCGCCUCAGUCUCCUGAAUAGCUGGGAUUAUAGGUGCCCACCACCAUGCCCAUCUAAUUUUUUUUUUGUAUUUAUUUUAUUUUGUUUUGUUUUUGAGGUGGAGCUUCACUUUGUCACCCAGGCUGGAGUGCAGUGGCAUGAUCUCGGCUCAUUGCAACCUCAGUCUCCUGGGUUCAAGUGAUUCUCAUGCCUCAGCCUCCCAAGUAGCUGGUAUUACAGCCACCAUGCCUGGCUAAUUUUUGUAUUUUUAGUAGAGACAGGGUUUAACCAUGUUGGCCAGGCUGGUCUCAAACUCCUGACCUCAAGUGAUCCACCCAUCUUGGCCUCCCAAAGUGCUGGGAUUACAGGCGUGAGCCACUGCGCCUGGCUUUUUUUUUGUAUUUUUUAGUAGAUAUGGGAUUUCACCAUGUUGCCCAGGUUGUUCUCAAACUCCUGACCUCAAGUGAUCCACCCACCUCAGCUUCCCAAAUCACAUUGAUUUUUCAAUUGAAUUUCUACUUUAUCUUGGUUUAGAUUUUGUAGAUAAGUUAGUAACAUUAAUACCUUCCUUGUUCCUUUUUAUAACAUGGAGUUUUUCAGAUUUCAUUUCUAUUUUAGCUUAAAUCUAAGCUUAUAUUAAUUUUUAUUCAUAUGAUUCAUUAUAAUGAGUAGGCCUACUUUGUUCUUAUUUAAGUUGUAUGCAGUACAUUUUGCCUCAAUCAUGGAGAGUUAAACAUCUCAAAUGGUAUAGCAUAGGGAAUUUAGGGAGUGCCCUAGAGGGGUAUGGGUUUGAUACUUGAGAUGAAAACACUGAUAUGGAGAAAGGAUAGCCUUCUGUGUUGACUAAUUGUGUGUCCUCUCCUUAUGGUCCACCCUUAGUGUGACCUUGAAUUUAUGGCAGGUAGCAAAAUUCUAUACCUUGAUUUGAAUAUUUUAUUUCAGCUUCUUUAGAUGUAUUUCCCUUCCUCAGUUUCUUGUUGUAUUAUUGCACCAUAGAUAUUAACACGAAUAUAUUUUUAAAAACUGCCCAGAGAUCAUUUGAUCUCAAGUGUAUAUACACUUCACUUUUCUGGAGUUAUAGAAGGAUGGUGAAAUAACCAUUUUCUGGAUUUUGCUUUUCAGAGGGAGAUUGAAGAAAGUUCA